AUGACUACAACCAAAGAGACCAAUAGGGUGAACAAAAAUUCAUUUGAAAAUUUGGUACAUAUUGCAAAUAACAUUUCAAAUCGACUUGAUACUCAAACAACAAAUAAUAAUAAUACAGCAUCAAAUAAUUACGGUCAAUCUUCACCACAUCAACUUCAACCCACAUCAUAUCUGCCCAACAUCAAUCAUGAUCAUAUGGCUUUUGCUAAUCAACUGCUUCCCAUUGCUCAAAACUCCAACGUAAAACGAGAAUAUACUCCACCCAUACCAUCAAGUUCAUCAACUCCACCACUACAGUCAAAUCAGAAUGAUUCAACGAAAACUAAGAUGAAAAGAAUGGCUUGCGUAGAAUGCAGGCAACAAAAAUCAAAAUGUGAUGCGUACGAAAAACAACCAAAUCCAUGUACUAGAUGUUUUAAAAAAGGUCUACAAUGUGAUUUAAAAUCUGAUUACAAAAGAACUUAUAAAAGAGCUAGAAUUGCUCAAAUUGAAAAAGAAUUUUUGGAGUUGAAAAAAUCAUUGAAUACUGCUCAAGCUGCAGAAUUAUUGUCCAAAUUUCCAUCUUUAAUCGAAGGACAAAAUGAGCAAAUCCUUGGAUCAUCUAACAGUCAUAAUAUUCAUGGUAAUUCCAGCCCUGACUCGGCUCAAUACCCAACCAACAAUAACGGAAAUAAUACCAUACUGAUCAAGAAGGAAGUGAUGGAACCAUCAAUAAAUGAAUUAAAAAUCAAACCCCCAUUAAUAAAAAAAUUAACAACAAAUACUCAAACCGAUAAAAUAGAUAUAUCAGACGAACUAUUGGCAUGCGAAGAAAAAACGGUUGAGUCAAUUACAAUAUCUUCAAAUACGAUAAAGGACCUAUUCAAAGAGUAUAUCCUCAGAUAUCAUCCAAUUUUACCCGUUGUAGAUGUAACAAAAGGUCCAGAAAGAAUAUAUAGACUAUGUCCUCCAUUAUUUUGGGUUAUUAUAUUUGUAUCAUUAAGAAGGUUUAAGGAAGAUUAUUCUAAAACUUUACUUCUAGACCUAUCGCCUAUUGUCAAAGGAAUUUUAGCAGAAAUAAUGAUAUCACCAAUCACGAGAUACAGCCCAACAGAAGAUGACGAACCUAUAUAUAAUGUAAGCUCAGUUUAUUCAGUUCAAGCUUUUUUGCUUUACUCCUACUGGCCACCCAUUACAUCAUCAUUAAGUGCAGAUUCAUCAUAUAAUACCGUCAAUACUGGGUUUUUUCAAGCUAUUAGAAUCGGUUUACAUGCACCAUCAUCUUAUGUUUCCGGUAUCCCCACCUCCUCAAGUAAUCCUCAACAGUUGAAUAUUUUGAAAGAGCAAAUCAAAACUUGGAUAGCCUCAAAUGUGGCAUCACAAUUUAUAGCUACUGCCUUCGGGUUUCCAGCAUGUGUUCAAUUAGAUUCUUCAAUUUGGUUUUAUAAUCAACAAACAAGUGGAGAUUUGAAAAUACCCGAAAAUUUAAAGUCAAUGUUGGAAAUAGCACAAUUCGAAGAUCAAAUGGCGAAGGCUUUAAAUUCAAAUCCAGUGGAUCCUUGUGGUUUAACAGAUGCUCAAGAAAAAUUACCGUUAUUGAAAUUAUUUGCUAAAAGAUUAGAGAAUUUAGAAAAUUCCAUUGGCGAGCCUAGUAUAAAUAAUUCCUCAAAAUUUAGAACAUUUGAAUUGUUAGCAUCGAGAGUUCAUUUGUUUAGCUACUAUUUCAUUGAUUCAAUAAAAAUUCCCAAUUUCGAAUUACAAAAAGGUUUAAUUAAGUUGUACAAUUCUGCUAUCUCAUUAAUUAAAUAUUCAAAAGAUUGUCAAACAUAUGAUAAAAAAUUCAUAAAAUAUUUGCCUGGUGUAUAUUUGUUGAAUUUGUGGCAAGCCGCGUGUAUUAUUGGAAAAUUGAUACAUUCACCAUUGAAAAAAUUUAUUGAUGUAACGUUAGGUAAAUCUUGCUAUGAAUCAGUGGUUGAGUUAAACGCAAAGGCUUCGAUUUUGAAGCACGAUAUGGCAUUUAGAUCAAGUGGUAUAACAAGAAAUAUGUGGCUGCUUUUUAGAAAUUUAGACAAUAACGAUCCAAAUGCUUUCAGUAUAAGUAUCAGAAAUAGAAUGUCAGCUUCCGUGUUUUUUGAUUGUUUGAAUCUAGUUAGAGAAAAAGCUGGUAUUUCGAAAUUGAAUCCAACUAUCGAACCUAUGAAUGUCGUUGAAGAAAUUGAAGGUGGAGAAGAUGAGAAUGGCCCAUCUGCAAUUCAUUCUGACGAAGAUGAUAAACAACAUGAAGAGGAUAAUGAAAAUGCCAUUCUGGAUCCCGAAAGUAAGGACCAUGUUUUAUCAAUGAACAAUCCGGUAUCAACUAAUUUUAUCAACUCGAGAAAACAGAAGAACAAGAGAUCUUUGUCGAACACAGUAGAUGCUGAACAGAAAGCUAGACAAAUCAUUAGGACCAUUCCUCUAGAUCCAGAGCCGAUUUCAGCUGGGAAUGCAUCAAAACGUAGUUCGAUUUUCAAAGUUGUAAAUUCAUCAUCAGAAUCAUCACCCAUGACUAACAAAAGUGACAUGACCAACUCUCCCAAUACAAUAAGAAAUCAACAACAAGGAAGACUCCAGCAGCCACCCCCACAACCAUUGCCUCCAAAUUUUGUCAAUCAUGCUCGAUUCGAAAGUGGGAAUUCUUCCUCAAAAUCUAGUCCACUUCAACAUCAAAUUCAUCAUCAAGGUCAACAAAUUGAUAGUACUGAGAUAGCACAAAAUUAUAUUAGACCUGAGACUGGCAAUUUUGUUAAUGACUCUCAAGUACAGUAUACACAAACGUUUCAGCAAAAUCAACAACAAUUACCUAAUCAUUUGUCUGACCAACAACAUUUCGAUCAUCAACAACUUCAACAGCCAGAUCCAUCAGCUACUCAACACCAAACUACUUCCUCAAACUUUUCUUUCAAUGAAUCACCAGCAGGUCAGCUGGGUAUUGAAAGUUUAGAUUUGGACAAAUUUGAUAGUGAUAUGUUGUGGAGAGAUGUAGAUAGUGUCAUGAAUGAUUUUGGGUUUCAUCUUGGUUAG